GCGCCUGCGCAUUGCAAAGUUCCGCCUGCAGCUCGUAACACGUGAAAUGGCGGGCGGGAGAAAGGCGGUUAACCUACGGCGCCUGCGUGGUGGCGGGAGUCGUGCGCUGUUUUGCGCAGGCGUCGUGGGCGGAGAAAGGGUCCAGUCCCAGGAUUGGUUGCGCAGGCGCAGGGAAGGAUCCGUUUUGGCGGGCGGUUGGCGUUGCGCAGAAGGCAGCGGCAGCAGUGGAUUGUGCUGCGGCCUCACCACAAGAGGAAAGGGGCAGACGUGUGUGUGAGCCCUCUCGAUCCCGGAGCUCGCUCUGCCUGGCUCCUGAAAGCACGCGUGCUCUCCCUUAGGGUCGGCUUGGAUGGCCCAGGAUUGAGCUCUCCUGUGUAUCUUGUCUCGGCCAGCGUGUUUUGCUGUUUCUAGUCUAAGAAACCCCGUGACCUUAGUCCUUCAGGGCAACAGCGUGCAACAUGGGAAAGAAAACCAAGAGGACAGCGGACAGUUCUUCUUCAGAGGAUGAGGAGGAGUACGUGGUGGAGAAGGUUCUAGACAGGCGUGUGGUUAAGGGGCAGGUGGAGUAUCUGCUGAAGUGGAAAGGCUUUUCUGAGGAGCACAAUACUUGGGAACCUGAGAAAAACUUGGAUUGCCCUGAGCUAAUUUCUGAGUUUAUGAAAAAGUAUAAGAAGAUGAAAGAGGGUGAAAACAACAAACCCAGGGAGAAGUCAGAAAGCAACAAGAGGAAAUCCAGUUUCUCAAACAGUGCUGACGAUAUCAAAUCAAAAAAAAAGAGAGAGCAGAGCAAUGAUAUCGCUCGGGGCUUUGAGAGAGGACUGGAACCAGAAAAGAUCAUUGGAGCAACAGAUUCCUGUGGUGAUUUAAUGUUCCUAAUGAAAUGGAAAGACACAGAUGAAGCUGACCUGGUCCUUGCAAAAGAAGCCAAUGUGAAAUGUCCACAAAUUGUGAUAGCAUUUUAUGAAGAGAGACUGACGUGGCAUGCGUAUCCUGAGGAUGCGGAAAACAAAGAGAAAGAAACAGCAAAGAGCUAAAGGAGGGGGGUGGUCUCUGUCAUUUCUCUUUGUACAUAAUACAUUCACCUCCCUGCCUCCUCUUCCUCUGCCCGCCCCUUUCUCUCCUAAACACAUCCAUAAACAAUGUGCUUAUCACUGUGCUCCACA